AUUGUGAUGAUGGAUUCUAUGGUGAAAACUGUAAUAAGAAAUGUUCAGAGAGAAAUUGUAUAAAUAACAGUACAGUUUGUAGUAAAGUUGAUGGUAGUUGUAAUGGUGAAUGUCUAGAUGGUUAUAGUGGUAUAGACUGUAGUCAAACAAUGCCGGUAGUACCAGAUCAAAAAUGUGGUGAUGAUUUCUAUGGUAUAAACUGUAAUAAGAAAUGUUCAGAGAGAAAUUGUAUAAAUAACAGUACAGUUUGUAGUAAAGUUGAUGGUAGUUGUAAUGGUGAAUGUCUAGAUGGUUAUAGUGGUAUAGAUUGUAGCCGUUCUAGUUCAGCUUCUAAUCCUAAUAAUGGUAAACAGUUUGGUUAUUUAGAGUUAUUUACAUGUCAUUGUACAAAUGAUAAUGAUUGUAAUACUGAUGGUAGUUGUCAGAGUAAUGGAUGUGCAACAGGCUGGUAUGGUUCUACUUGUCAAAAAC